AUGCACUGUACUCCCGCGAUGCGACAAUACUGGAGCAUCAAGGCUAAGAAUUUCGAUUCUAUAAUUUUAUUUAAGUUAGGCAAAUUCUACGAACUGUUUUACGUAGAUGCAAUUAUCAGCCAAAAACUGCUAAAUCUUAAAUGGAUGGGACAUGACAAAAAAGCUCAUGUCGACUCAAGUAUUAGUUUAAACGCUUUGAAAUUCAUUUCUGAAACACCCUUAUGCGUCCAAAAAUGUUUUGAAGCGCUGUUUGAAUACUUUCAAAGUCAUCUUCUUUCGAGUAAAGUACUUCCUGCUUGCAAGCUACAAAAUUGCACAGACGCAAACUUGUUGAACAACUACAUGUAUUUAUCUAGCUCUGCAAUUGAUAGUCUAGCAAUUAUGGAUGAACUAUUCCCUUUCAUCAACAAAUGUAUUUCACCUUUCGGUAGCAGAUGUAUGGCAAAAUGGCUUUUAAAGCCGUUAAAUUCUAUUUCGAGUAUUGAGUUACGGCGCCAAGCGGUUCUCAAUCUAUCUAAAGACUCUAACAGGUACAAUUCACUGAUAUCUUUUUUAAAAAGCCUGCCCGACUUGGAAAGAAUUUGCGCGUCUUUUAAACAUGAAGUUGGAAGCGUGGAUAAAACUGCUAUUUACUUCAACAAUUCAGCGACAAAUAAAAUAGCAAAAUUGCUCAAAUUCCUUAGAGACAUUCAGAAUUCCAUCGAAAUCAUCGAUUUAUUCCCUGACAUUUUAUGCAAUUUUCGUCAACUUCCGAUACAAGAAUUGCAAACGACUUUGAACGAAAUUUUGGAUCAAGCUAAAGUUAACGAUAAAAAUGUUACUAUUAAGCCCGGUAUAUUCGAAUAUUACGACGAAAAUUUCGAAAAAAUUUGUCAGAUCAAACUAAAACUGGACAAUAUUAUUAAUGAUCCAGCUACCUAUAAGAAUGUUGGAAUCCAAAAAAUGCCGCUUGAUCGAUGCUAUGUCCAUACAAAAACCCCAUACGAAAUUCAAAUCCCUGAAACAAAAUCAUUUAAAGGUAAUGUCACAAGUUUUAAAAAAGGAUAUAUACGAUAUCAAACGGAAGAAAUUCAAAAGUUGUGUUAUGAACUUUCGGUUAUUGAUAACGAUUUGAAUCGAAAUUUAACUAGCAUUUAUAAAUCAUUUAUCAAGAAACUUUUGAAGUGGUUUUGUGUGAUAGAUGAGAUUAUAAAUAUGAUUGCUACAAUCGAUUGUUAUUACGUUUUUUCCGAGAUUUUAAAUCGUGAAAACAUGAACUAUCCACGCUUAUUAGAAGCAAAAGGGCAAAUUAACUUGAAGAAUAACGCUCAUCCCAUUUUUCACGUGACAGUUCCGAGUUUUGUUCCUAACGACAUCAUUAUCUCUAACAAUCUAGUAGUGCUAACUGGGCCUAAUAUGGGCGGUAAAUCAACCUUAAGUAGACAAGUAGCACUUUCACUUAUUUUAAACCAAAUCGGGUGCCCUAUUUACUGUUCUUCAGAUAGUUCUUUAUCUUUGUUUGACAAGAUCUUUACACGAAUUGGCAUAUAUGACCGUUUGUCAGCUAACCAAUCGACUUUUUGGAUCGAACUAUUCCAGGUGUCAGAAAUGUUGAAGCAUGCGACAUCCAGUUCUUUUCUCGUUAUUGAUGAAUUUGGCAGAGGCACAUCCACAGAAAAAGGGACUCUGCUUUCUGCAUACACAGCGAAAUACAUUGCGAAGUUGAUCAAUCGUACAUAUCUGAGCUUUAAAAAUCGAGAUGAUAUGUAA